UAGACAUAGCUAGUCUCCAGAAGACACUGUUACUCCAAAGUGUACUCGAAAGAGUGGAAACAUCACUGCCACUUUUCUUCUUCUCAGAUUCAGCCUUUUGCACUCGCUGCCAUAAAGACCAGCAUCCAAACAAGGACCGAGAUCAAUGUCUUCCCAAAAGAACCACAUUUCUGUCCUAUGAAGAAUCUGCAGGGAUCAGCCUGGCUUCCUUUGCCCUCUUCUUGUCCUUAACCACAAGCAUUGUCCUACACAUUUUCAUUAAAUACCUAGAAACUCCCAUAGUCAAAGCCAACAACCGGGACCUCUCCUACAUUCUCCUCGUCUCCCUCCUGCUCUCCUUCCUGUCCUCCCUCCUCUUCAUCGGCCAGCCAAGGAAAGUGUCUUGCUUGCUCCGACAAACGGCGUUCAUCAUCAUCUUCUCAGUGGCCGUGUCUUCUGUGCUGGCCAAAACCAUCACCGUGGUGCUGGCCUUUCUGGCCACCAAGCCUGGGAACAGGGUGAGGAGAUGGCUGGGGAAGAGAUUGGCCAACUCCAUUAUUAUUUCUUGUUCCAGUGUCCAAGUUAUCAUCUGCACCAUCUGGCUGGGAAUCUCUCCUCCAUUCCCUGACUCUGACAUGCACUCCCAGCCUACACAAAUCGUCCUGCAGUGCAACGAAGGCUCUGUGGCCAUGUUCUACGCUGCCCUCGGCUACAUGGGCUUCCUGGCUGCCGUCUGCUUCACGGUGGCCUUCCUGGCCAGGAAGCUGCCCGGGGCCUUCAAUGAGGCCAAGCUCAUCACCUUCAGCAUGCUGGUCUUCUGCAGCGUCUGGGUGUCUUUCGUACCCACCUACCUGAGCACCAGGGGAGUGGAGAAUGAGGACUUCUGCAGCCAGCUGGACAGGGUGAAGGGGAACCUCCGACAGCCACCUGCAAUGCCACUGAGGCCAUCAGCGGCGGUUGACUGUUGGCAGCUUGAUGAGAGUGGCAAGAUGACCAUGCUGGUCUAG